AUGAAGAACGCAUUUACCAUUGCCCUUGCGGCCCUCUUCAUCGACACCAUCAGUGCCGGACUCUCCGGCCACACAAUCUACUAUCCCACGGGCAGCAACGCGAGCAACGAGAAGCUCCCCGUGCUCGUCUGGGGCAACGGCGCGUGCAGCACGGAUGGAAAAUCCAACAGCGCGCUACUGCAAAACAUUGCGUCGUACGGCUUCAUUGCGAUUGCCGAGGGCGCGCCCACGGGCGGCGGCUCGUCCAACGCGCAGACGAUGAAGGCGGCUAUCGACUGGGUAUCCAAGGUAGCUGGAACCGGCGACUACAAGAACGUGGAUGCCAGCAAGAUCAUGGCAGCGGGCUUUUCGUGCGGCGGCGUCGAGGCCCUCGACAACAUCAACGAUGCGCGCGUCGAUACCAUCGGUGUGAUUAGCUCGGGCCUCCUGAGCAACACGGAUGCAGCCAAGAGCUGGAAGAAGCCGAUUCUGUUUGUCAUGGGUGGAACGGGGGAUAUCGCGUAUAACAAUGCCGAGCGCGACUACAAGAACAUGCCAGCCACGACUCCCGUGUGGAAGGGCAACAUUCCCGUCGGCCACGGCGGCACCCUGUUCGACAAGGAUGGCGGCCGCUUCGGCAAGGCCAUUCUCAACUGGAUGCUGUGGACCAUGAAGGGCGACCUCAAGGCCAAGACGUACUUUACCUCUGGCUACUCGGCCGACGGAUACUCGGUCCAGUCCCGGAACCUCGACACGCUCAAGCCUUUUUAG